AUGACUCAGAUGCCUGCUGACUACCUGUCAACCACCAGCUCCUACAACUAUGAGCAGCCCCUUACCUCUGUGGCUCGGACAAGCACUGUCACCAAGGUACUCCCAGCCAAAAAAAUAACCUUCUUCAAGAGUGGAGACCCUCAGUUUGCAGGAGUCAAGAUGGCCAUCAACCAGCGAAGUUUCAAGAGCUUCAAUGCACUCAUGGAUGACCUCUCUCAUCGGGUCCCACUGCCAUUUGGGGUACGGACCAUCACUACCCCACGAGGAAUACAUUGCAUCAGUGAGCUGGACCAACUAGAGGAUGGAGGGUGUUACCUUUGCUCUGACAAGAAAUAUGUCAAACCUAUUAGCAUUACUUCUGGGGGACACAGGCCAGGCCCUCCGCGAAAUGGUCGUCCCUCCAGUACCUUGAGAAGAGCAGCUCAGGAGGGCAAGCUUGAAGAUUAUUCCACACCUUUCACUCAGCAUGGCCCCAGAAUACCAAAGAAGAUCACACUAGUUAAGAAUGGAGAAAGUGGUUUUCGUCGUUCAAUCAUCUUGAACCGCAGAAAUGCCAGGAGUUUCAAAACACUCCUGGAUGAGAUUUCUGAGAUCCUGCAGUUCCCAGUGAAGAAGCUCUACACUGUUGAUGGGAGGAAGAUUGACAGCAUGCAGGCUCUGCUUCACUGCCCCAGUGUGUUGGUAUGUGUUGGUCGGGAGCCAUUUAAACCUGUACUGGUGGAGAAUUUGAGGAAACACUCAGUGGAGAAGCUGCCUAACCUGGCUCCCCGUUCCAACAGCAACAAUGUCAAAGAAAACAAUGAAAGUAAGAAAAACGUGGACUUUGGACUGAAAGCCAAAAAAAGUGUUAUCCAUCCACGAACAGCAUCAAGCAAUAGGUCAAUGAGAUUUUCUUUAUCAUCAGAAAAGUCGUAUCCUAAUGGUCUUGCUGCCUCACCAGACAAUGGUGUACCUUUCUCAAACAGUUGUUCGCACUCAAAACCUGGGGACCUGGUCCAUUCCUUGGUCAAUGAUGACAUAGAAAAACGGGUACAUGUGAACAAGGAUGGCAGCUUGUCUGUUGAGAUGAAAGUCCGCUUCCGCUUGCUAAAUGAUGAGACUUUGCAGUGGUCCACCCAGAUCAAAAAGUCCAAUCUGAUGAACCAGAUGCCUUGUGAAGAGUCAAGUGUAGGGGAGGACAAUGGAGUACACCCCAUAGAGAAAAUGAACCCAGAAGCCAGCUCAGAGGCAGAUGAGUCAUUAUAUCCCUGUGAUAUUGAUUCUUACAUGUCGAAACUUGAGGAAUCAGAAUAUGAUGAGGCUCAUUGUCAUAGCUGUGGAAAGAAACACCAGGACUAUGACAUUUGGAGAAACCCCAUGCACACAUCACAUAGGGAAGAGCCCAGUGUACAAAGCAGCUGGCACACACGGUCAUCAUGCUCCAGCACAUCUUCCCGAAGGAGAGUCGUCCACAAAAAAAUGGCUUCUGUGGAUAGCCUCCACACCACAUCCAGUGAGGAAUACUCUGAGCACAUUGUGCAAGAGUCCUCAUCCUACUCAGAGACUAUAGAGAACAGAGUAGCAUAUCGAUCCAUUAAAAAGUGCAUGUGUCGAAGUGAUUUGUCAACAGGUGCUUCCAAUGGAGAAGACCAGCAAGAAUACACUCGAACAAGCACGAGCAACAGUCAGAGACCUUCAUCCUUGGGUUUAAUGUCACAUUCAAGCUGUGAAAACAACCUGGAUACUCAAGAAACCCCUGAAGACCAUGAGGCUAGCAAAACCAAUUCACAAAAUGAAGAUGAAACUUGUUUUGAAGUCUCCUCUGUGAAGUGCUUAAAGGAUGAUGGGGAAGAGGUUGAAAGCAGCAGAGUUGGGAGUGCCAUGUCAAGGUCAUCUCUGCAGUCCAGAAAGAGCAAGAGGAAUGUAUGUGAGGAAACAAGUAGCGUGGAUAGAAGCAUGUCCUCCUCAAGCCUUCAGAAGGCAAAUCAAGACAACAACAGUAGGUCUUCCACUCCUGCCAAUAGUGUACACAGCAAGUCUAGUAACUGUACUGCACCAAGAACAAAGAGUGAACAGGAUGACCAUUCUGAUGACAAUGCAGUGAUCUCCUCACUCUCCAAUGAUCUGAGAUCAUGCAGCAGGACAUCCAAUUACUCCAAAAGCUCAUGUGAAAUCAAAAAGAAGUCUGUUGGAGACCCUGUGUCUCAUAAGUCAGGAUCUUUUCAUUCAAAUAUUUCAUCUGUUAGUGAAACAGAGGCAAAUGCAGGUUUUAAAGAGGAGAAAAGCUUGAAAAGUACCACCAAUGGCUACAGUGAAUCCUCAAAAAGCUCAAAGAAGAGAAGCCAUAGAGAAGAAAAUAGCAAAUCAUCAUCUGUCCACUCAAGUGUUUCGAGCCCUAAUGGAAAAGCUGGAGAGGGUCAUUCUAAGAUUAAUUCAGAGACCCUUUCUUCAAGACAUGGAAGUAUGAGUGAGAGUGCAUGUUCAAAAUUUGACCAUUUAGCUGAGACUGGGAUUAAGAAUGGAAAUACUGCAAGUGUGUCUUCAAGAGUCUCAUCAAAGUCAGAAAUAAAAGAUAAAUGCUUGUUAGCACAUAUAUCCCAGGAAAGUGAUGAUAGAUACUCACGAUCAAAUGUAUCUAAGUAUUCAAAAUCAAGGCAGAUAAAAACUGGAAACCUUCAUGUGGAGAUGUCAAACUCCAGCCAAGCAUCCUUGCCUGACACUGCGUCAGUAUGCAGUAUGCAUUGCCCCGCCCCACCAAAAGGGAAGCCAAACAGCAAAAAAAUUCGUUCAACCAUGUUCAAGAAUUCCUCCAUUAGCAGCAUAGGUACUGCAUCAGUGAUGACCCCACGAAAACAGCAGAAAGAAAUUGUCGAUUCCUCCAAAGCAACUUCCUAUGGGUCUAAAUCAGCUGCAGCUGAAAUAGAUGAUGAGAAGAGUAAAGAGAUUGAUGGUGCUUGCAAUAAAAAAGUGGUGGAAGAGUUAGAAGGGAUGGACAUGCAGGAAGAAGAGAGUGAAUUAGUGCCAUCUACUCUACCAAAUACAUCUCCAGAAGAGGUUGUGCAAGAAUGGCUGAGUAAAAUCCCUUCAGAAACAUUGCUUAUGAAAUAUGAAAUGGAAGAUAAUGUAGAAGAGGAAUGUAUGGAAGCAACCACUGAGGUAUCAUACUGCACAAAUGCUGAGGAAACCACAGAGGAUGAAAAAGCUGAGAAAAAGAAGGAGGAGGCUGAAAAUGAGGCAAAGGAUGAAGCAGGAAAAGAGGCAGCAGAAAGUACAGCUAUUAAUGAAGAGGCUGAAGAAUGUGUAGAUCAGGAACAAAUCUCUGAGGCUGUGUCUGAAGCUGACAAAGCUGACCAGGCAGAAUGCAGCCAGUCAGCUACAUCCCAACAAAACAGCAACAGAAGAGACCUUCCAACCACUCUUCAGACUUCGGUCCAGAUCAUGAAGGCCUUACUUAGUUCAAAACAUGAAACAAAAUUUGACCGAUCAAACAGUUUGCCUGAAGUGUCCCCUACUAUGGGGAGGAAACUGAGUAACUCUGCCAGUAUUCUGAUUACUUGUCUUGCCAGUCUCCAGCUCCUUGACGAAGAGUCAGAAGGUCCAUCAGAUAAAUCAAAAUAUUUGAAUAAACCAAGGUAUAUGGAGCUGCUAAAUGUUUUUCAAGCCCUGUGGUUUGGAUGCAUACCUGAAAAAAGUGUCCCAAUUUCAGAUCAAGAAGCUUGUGAACAGGCAAAGACAGCCUCUGGGUUUAAAGCUCCCAAAUCUGUAGAUUAUGACUUCACUCCCAUGUCCUCUUCUGGGGUUGAUGUUAACAGUGGUUCUGGUGGCUCAGUGGAAGAGAAUACAGCUGGUGCCAGAGAUUGCACUUUAGUGGCACAGAAAACUGCUGAAUUCAAAUCAUCUGCACAAGUGGAAAAUGUAGAGACUGGCACUGAACUGGCUGAGGCUGAGGAGCAAAGUAAAAAGGAAGAGCAGUCAUCCCGACCUUCAACAGCCUGCUCAAAAUCAAAAGCUGAGGAAAAAGCACAGUCUACUAGAGAGAACUCUCUAAUUCAAGAAGCAGAAGAGAAUAAGGAAGACCAGUGCAGUAAUUGUGAACAUGGUCAGGAGGAAGAGGGAGAAAAUGAAGACAAAGAAAACAGCAAAUUAACUGAAAAUGGAGAACAAGAAGAAGCUGAAGUUGUGAAUGAUGAACUCCCAAAAGAAAAUCUUGAAGAAGAAGCUGAUCAGCUAGCCGCUACUGACAAUACAAAUGUUGAUGAUACUGACUGUGGAACAGAGCUGAAAGACGAUUCGGAAGAGAAGCUUGAGAAAGAGUCUCCAAAUGACCCAGAACCCAAAGUUGAUACAGUCACCAGUGUGGGCACAUCCUUUGUUCAGCAAAACUCAAUGGAUCCAGACCCAGUUUGGGUCCUUAAGCUACUCAAGAAAAUUGAGAAGGAGUUCAUGGCUCACUAUGUCAAUGCCAUGAAUGAGUUCAAAGUCAGGUGGAACCUGCAGAACAACCAGCAGAUGGAUGAAAUGAUAUUGGAACUGAAGGAAGAAGUGAGUAAAAGGAUACAAAAAAGCAUAGAGAAGGAGUUGAGAAAGAUCAAAACCAGAGCAGGGAAGAAGCUGCCAAGACCUCCGGAUGAACCUCUCAGACGUGAGUCAACACUCCAAACUGAGCAGAGGAGACUGCGAUUGCAAACUAUGCAUAAAAAGUCACACUUCAGUGACAAGAAUGGAAACCAGACUAGGCUAGAAGACACAUCAGACUUAUCUUUUGAUGUAGAUAAGGAUAUAGCAUUUAGUGAAGCUUUUGAGGCCAGUAUUAGUAAACAAACAAGCAAGGAGGAAUACUGCCCUUGUGACUCUUGUGUGAGGAAACAAAUGGCUUCCAAACCCACAAGAAAUACAGUGGUGGUCACCAAUGCCCCAGUCAUGAAAGCAUUUGAUUUACAGCAAAUCCUGAGAUUAAAGAAAAAUUAUAAUGAGGAAGCCUGUGUCUCAGAAGCAGCCCAAGACAACAAAACAACUCCCAGUAGUUCUGUGGAAGAAGCAACAGAAAAUGGCAAUCCAAAUGAGGGGAAUGAUGAGGGUGAAAUGGAAGUGGAGGGCAAUGAAGAAAAGGAGCCAGAAUUAAAUGAAGUGGGCAGCUCAGUGUUGAAUGGAGGUGAAGGGUCUGAAAUAUCAGAAAAUAAAAACUGUGAGGAAACUGAAGCAGAAGCUGACAAUGAAGCUGAAGAAGAGGAUGAGGACAUUGGGGCUGAUGAUGAGGAAGAGACAUCUGAAUGCAGAGGAGAUGCUGAUGGCUCUGGAGCUGUCAACAGUCCUGAAGGAGAUGCUGCAGAAGGAAGUGAAAAAGCUGAGCAGCAUGAAGCUGAAGCAGAGGAAGAUGCAAAUCCAGAAUCAGAUGAGAUGAGUUCAGCUGAGGAGGAAAAUAACAGUGAAGGAGAGGACAAAUAUGAUGAUAAUUUUGAGAAGCCUACUAGUGAUGACCCUGACAAGACACAAAAAAAACAAAAAGUGAAAGGUAACAAGGUUUCUCAGAGAGCCUUAAAGGCCAAAGAAAGAAAAAGCAAUAAAAAAACAAAGCUGAACAAAGCAGCUGCCUUUUCUUGUUAUUCUUCUGUAGGAAACUUUUCACAGCAAUCUCAGAAGGGGUCUGAAGACGAAGAUGAAGAAGAAUGCAAAGAUGACAGUAACUCCAUGAGCAAUCUUCCUAAUGGAGAAGUGAAAAGUGAUGAGAGCAGGAAACCCUCACAGAUGUAUCCUGACAGUGAGGAAGAAGAGGACAAAGCAUCUUCAUGCACUGAUCCUUUGGAAGACGAGGACCAGGCAGAGGCUGAAGGGGCAGAUCCAAAGGAGGUUGAAGAUAUUGAUAAAGUUCAGGCUUCUAAAAAGAAAGAAUACUCUAAUGAGAUUGGCCAGGAUGACCUGGACUUCUAG